AUGUAUUAAUUGAUGUUUUGAUAUGGUUUUUGAUACUGUUUGUCACUUUUGUUAAUAAAGUUUUAUUGAAAAAAAUAAAUUAAAUCAGAAACAACCAGGAUGCGGAUACAAGGAAGAAACAGAAAGUGUUUUCUCACCAUGUGAGAGUUUUAAAGGACAACAUUGAAGAGACUUUAGGUAGAGAUGCAUCUGAUACUUCCCCUGCUGUUUUUAUUUGCGCCACUAGGGGGCGACGCAUCCCCAAUCAGCUGCUACAACGACCAGGGUGAAGCUGUUGACUGGUUUUACCUCUACAAACUGCCUAAAGAGAGGGGACAAAAAUAUAAGCAUGGGGGUGAUACAUAUUUAUUGCUGGACAAAGGGAGUGAAGGAUGGACUGAGGGGAAGGUGACGGUGAACGACACCACGGGAGCUUUGGGGCGGACGGUCGGACAGCUGUACCCGCAGGAAAAGAAUUCAGAGCUAGCGUACAUCCUUUACAAUGACCAGAAACCUGUUGGGCAGUUUGGUGACCGAUGGACUGAAAACAGCGGAAACGGAAGAGGGCACACCAAAGGCAUGGUUCUGCUGGAUAAGAAUCAGGGCUUCUGGUUGGUCCACAGCACCCCUCACUUCCCCCCUGAGCAACGGGAAGGAGUGUUUUAUUACCCAGGCAGCGGAGUGAACAACGGCCAGAACUUCAUCUGCGUGACCUACCCGCUAAAACGUUUCCAGACAAUCGGAGAGCAGCUGCAGAUCAAUCAACCGAACGUGUACGACUGCGAUGUCCCUGAGUCCUUUGCGUCCUUGGUGCCUGCUCUGGCUGCAGUCUGCAACAAAAACCUUCCAUCCACUCAGAGUUUUUCACCCGUAAAAACUGCAUCCAACCGCAGCGUGACUCUGACCUCAAAAGGCGGCACCAACUUCAUCAACUUCGCCAAAGGAGCAAAGUUUGACGACGACCUCUACCACUCCUGGGUGGCGCCCGCCCUCAGGUCCGACCUCCUGGUUCAGUUCUGGGUCCGCUCCACAGGGAUCCUCCCCUCGAACUGCUCGCUGGGAUGGAAGGUCCUGGACAUCAAACUCAUCAACCCGGGGCAGACGUUCCCUUUCAAGGCCACCCAGGACCACUCUAAGUGGGCCGUCAGCCCGAAGGCAGCGUCGGACGGGUCACGGGGAGGAGGGGGGGGCUGGGUGUGCGUGGGAGACAUAAACAGGAAUGAGGCAGAGGAGCGGCGGGGAGGGGGGACGGUGUGUCUUCAGGAUCCGGUGGUGUGGAAGGCGUACCGGAGUGCAGCGCUGCAGUGUGAGGCCUGCGGAGGGGGAACGGUCCAGUGUUGACUCGCUGCAGGACGCAGGAGAGUCGACUGAGCUCCUGAAGGGGGGGUGAGGAGGGUGAGGUUAGGAGUCUCUUUUAACAACAUUUCUGACUAAACACUCAUCGUCCAGUCCUGUUUGGGCCGGAUUUAGAGAGUGUGCAGUGCAAGUGGACAGAUAUUUUUCCCUGGCGGUAACUAGAGCAUCUGACAGUCACAACAGGAAGUAAGCAGCAACAUGAAAAGUCAGGGUUUCUCUGCCUAUUUCUGAAAAAUCAUGUAUGUUUAUCAAAGUUUUUUCACUGACAAUAAAAAGUAAGAGCGUAAGAAAUAAUUAUAUAUUCAGAUGGAAAUACAUGGAGGGUUGUUACCCGGGUGAUACAACUCAGCGCUCUAGUCUUUAAACCAUAAACUGGCUCAGCAAACAGCAGAAAAAGUUUGUUUGUUGUGCUUUUAAUCACAUUGGGCCGGAUCUAUCAA